AUGGGCGGAAUAGGAAAAACAACUCUUGCCAAAGCCGCUUUCAAUCAAUUUGGUCGUAGCUUUGAAGGUAGUUGUUUCCUUGCAGACGUGAGGGUAAAAGCUGCAAACCCCGGUGGUCUAGUUAGUUUGCAAGAACUUCUUCUUUAUGAAACCUUGAACAGAAGCAAGACGAAGGACGUUGGUUUUGUGGAUAGAGGAACCAUUAUGAUAAAAGAAAAACUUCAACAUAGAAAAUUACUCGUCAUAAUCGACGACUUAGAUAAAGUGGAGCAACUAGAGGCAUUAGCUAGAAGCCAUGAUUGGUUCGGUCCAGGAAGUAGAAUUGUUAUAACAACAAGAGAUAAGCAGUUGCUAAAACCUAAUGUCGAUGAUAUAUAUGUCGCUGAAGAAAUGGAUGAAGAAGAAGCUCUAGAGCUCUUUAUUUGGCAUGCCUUUAAAGGAUGUCAUGUUAACGAAGAAUAUGUUGAGCUCUCAAGAAGAGUAGUUUCUUACUGUAGAGGUUUGCCACUAGCACUGAAAGUUUUGGCCUCUUCGUUGGCCACACAAAGCAAGGAAGUGUGGGAAAGCCAAUUGGAUAAAUUGAAUACAAUUCCUCCUGAAGAUGUUGUAAACAAGCUCAGAAUAAGCUAUAAAGGGCUAGAUAAUAAAGAUAAGGAUAUAUUCCUUGAUAUAUCUUGUUUCUUUAUUGGAAUGGACAAGAACUAUGUCACGCAGAUAUUGGAAGGAACUGACGAAAUUCAAGGACUUGCUCUAAAUUUGGAAAUAUCUGAAAAGGCUAGUUUCAGUGCACAAGCAUUUGAAAACAUAAGGCGACUGAAAUUGCUCCAACUCAAUUACGUAGAGCUCACUAACGGCUACAAAUAUCUUUCCACCAACAUGUUAUGGUGGAUGUGCUUGCAUGGAUUUCCACUACCAUCCAUACCGAAUCAAUUUGAUCAAGAAAGCUUAGUUGCCAUGGACCAGCAGAAUAGCAAACUCAUACUAGUUUGGGUGGAAUCGAAGAUGUUUAUCAAGUUGAAAUUCAUUAAUGUUGAGGAACUGAUAUUGCAAGACUGUAAAAGUUUGUCUGAGGUUCAGUCUUCCAUUGGGGAUCUACAAAGACUUUGGUCACCGUCAACACAUCUUUUGCCCCCUUCCUUAAAUGGCUCUUUAAGGGAAUUAGCUCUUGCAGGCUGCAGCUUAACUGAAGAUGCAAUCCCUAGGGAUCUCAGGAGCCUCAUUUCCUUAGCAGAUUUAAAUCUUGGAAACAAUGGUUUGCGUAGGCUACCAAGCCUCGGUGGUCUUUCAAAGCUUCAAAAAUUGUGUUUAGAUGACUGCAUAAACCUUACUGCAAUCCCAGAUUUACCAACAAACUUGACAGUUCUGCAAGGGAUUGGCACGUCGAAAGCGUGA